CAAACACGAAGAGUAAGCAGAACUGUGGGAAAUGCCAAAAAACUGUAGGAAUUUUUCCAUUCAGAUAAAACGGUUGAAAAUCAAUGUUCGAAGAAAAUCAAGAUAUUGCUCUCGGAUAAUGGCUGUGGAGAACAUUGCUCUCGGAUAAUGGCUGUUUAGAAAAAAUGAAUCUUUUGGUCCACAUUCUAAGUGUUUUGAUUCUCAUUGGCAUCGCAAUUGCUAGUGAAUAUUGUUCCUCAUCGUUAUGCAGCAGUGGGUCACAUAUAGCCUGUGAUCACAGUGGGGAUUUUGAUUCAUCGUGUCCUUCAGAUGCUGCCAUGGUCGAAAUCGAUUCAUCCUUAAAAGACGCCAUUAUCAAAUACCACAAUGAGAAACGAAAUUUGGUAGCCGGAGGAGAAGCUGCUAACCAUGAUGCUGCUUGUCGCAUGGCUACCAUGGAAUGGGAUGAUAAAUUGGCAUACUUGGCUACACUUAACGUACGUCAGUGCAAAAUGGCUCAUGACGAUUGUCGUAAUACGGACACAUUUAAGUACGCCGGUCAAAAUUUAGCCUGGAGGACAUUCUCGAGCGAACCAAAUUACAUUGAAUUGGCAAAUACCAGCAUGGACAUGUGGUACGAUGAAGUGGAACACAGUAAUAUGGUUUACAUUAACUCUUACCCCGAAAACUACGACGGACCUGAUAUUGGACACUUCACAGUAAUGAUGAAUGGACCCAACAAUCGCCUUGGUUGCGCUGCUGCCACUUACGAAGCUGAUGAUCCCUCAAAGCAAACUUUUUUGAUUGCUUGUAAUUAUGCCAGAACCAACGUCGCUGGAUUAGCUGUUUAUGAAAGUUGCAGUUCGGCAGGGUCAUCUUGUACCACAGGCGAAAAUUCUGAAUAUCCCAAUUUGUGUUCAACAUCUGAAGAAUAUGACGUCAAUGAUUUGUCUUAAAUAGUUAUAUAAUAAUUCGGUUUUUGUCCGGUGUGCUUCGCUACACUCUAAAAUUGUGUUAGAAAAUAAAUAUUUCUCAAAGCAUUGUGAAGCUUGUACACAGAA